AACCUUAUUUAUUAAUAUUUGUGAUCAUAACCUAUCCAAGUUAGGUACCUAGGAUUUCAUGUGUUUAUUUUACGAAUUUUACUUUAUUUAGUGAGAUAAUCAACAACGUAGUGGACUCUCAUCAAAACAGAAAAUAAUAUACAGCAACCAGAAUGGGAGAUAUUCUUAAAGACUCACGAUUUGCAAAAUAUCUCAACGAUCCUCGAUAUAAACCGAUUCCUAAGCAUAAACGUAAAGUAAAAAUCGAUAAAAGAUUCCAGUCUAUGUUUAGUGGCGAUAAUUUUAAAGUGAAAUAUGCCGUUGAUAAACGUGGACGCCCUGUAAACGAAACGUCAGUAGAAAAUUUGAGAAAGUACUAUGACUUGGAGGAAUCUGAUAAUACCGACGACGAAACUGAGGAAACAGAGAAAGUACAGAAAAUUAAUGACGAAAGUGUCGAAACGUUUGGCCGUUUUGUGAGGCGACCUCCUAGUGAGGAACCCGAAGACGAGAAACCACAUCCAUCAACAGAAAAUGAUAAGCUGGUUCGGGGAAAAUUAGAUUACAAAAUUAAACAGCGACUUCAAAAUCUAGAUAUUGAUUAUGCACGAGGACAAGGAGUGCUUGUCUCUGGAAGUUCAUCAUCAGAGGAAGACAGUACAGAUAACGAAGAAGAUGGUGAGUUGGAGCAUGAGUGGGGUGAGUUAGAUGCAGAUGCUGGCACUACAGAGGAUUCUACUAAAAGGAUAGCAAUCUGCAACAUGGAUUGGGACAACAUUAAAGCUGUGGAUCUUAUGGUGCUUCUCAAUUCUUUCAUACCUCCUGGUGGAAUUAUACACAAGAUUUCUAUUUACCCCUCAGAAUAUGGUUUAAAAAGAAUGCAGGAGGAGGAAGUGAGGGGGCCCAUUGAGCUGACUGAGAAGCCUGAUGAGAUUGAACAAUCAGGAGACGAGGGCCACGAGGAAGGUUCAAUAUAUCACAUGGAGAAACUGCGUCGCUACCAACUUAACCGGCUGAAAUACUUUUAUGCUGUGGUGGAAUGUGACAGUGUCGCCACAGCGGACAAAUUAUAUAGUGAAUGCGAUGGCAUGGAGUAUGAGAGUAGCGCCACCAAACUCGAUAUGAGGUUUAUACCCGAUGAUAUCAAAUUUGAUCAGGUACCAAGAGAAGUGUGUACCAAAUUGCCAGAUCUUACAAAAUACAAACCCAGAUUAUUCACAACAACAGCAUUACAACACGCCAAAGUGGAGCUCACAUGGGAUGCGACAAACCCUAAUCGAACUCAAGCGAUCCGCAGCGCUUUAGAUGGCAAAAUUGAUGACCUUGAUCUGAAAGACUACUUGGCCUCCAGUAGUGAAGAUGAAAAUCCUGAUGAUGAAGACAGUGCUACCAUUUUGGACAAAGAUAGUGAAGAUCCCAUUCAUAAAUAUAAGUCAUUAUUGGAAGAGAUAGAAAGUAAAGAAGAGAACAAAAAGAAUAAAGAUAUGGAACUUGAAAUAACUUGGGGAUUAGGAAUAAAAGACAGAGCUGAGGAGUUAGUAAAGAAAAAAUUAAAUGAAGAGGCCAAAGAUUUGACUCCAUUUGAAAAGUUGAUGAAGAAGAGAAAAGAAAAGAAAAAGGAGAGAAAGUUGAAAAUUAAGCAAGAAGAAGAACACGAAAACAAAUUGGAUGUGGGAAAUAGUUCGUCUGAUGAAGUUCCAUCUGACAUUGAUUUGAAUGAUCCUUAUUUUGCUGAAGAAUUUAAUAAACCUGAAUUCAAAAAAGCCAAAAAGCUAAGCAAGAAGAGUAAUGAGUCUGAAGAUGGUGUAGAGGAAGAGAAGAGAAAAGCAGAAUUGAAAUUGCUUUUAGACGAUGAAGAUGACAAUAAAGCUCACUUUAGUUUGAAAAAGAUUCAAGAGGCAGAAAGUAGCACAAAGAAAUCAAAGAGAAAAAAGAUAUUAAAUGAAAAAAUGAAAAAACAAAAGCAAGAACAAAAACAAGCAUUACCAGAUUUUGAAAUUAAUUUAAAUGAUAAUAGGUUUUCUGCAAUUUACAAUUCACAUCUUUAUAAUAUUGAUCCUACAAAUCCUAAUUUUAAAAAGACAAAGAAUAUGGAAAAACUUAUAGAAGAGAAACUACGAAGACGACCAGUCGAUACGCCAGUCGAAGAAGUACAUGUUCAAUCGAAAAAAUCUAAGCAAGACGCGGAAUUGAGUCUUUUGGUUAAGAACAUUAAACGUAAAACAAAACAUGACGUGAAAAAAUGAUACAUAAAGGUGUAAAUAAAUUAUAUUCAAUAACA